CUGGGUCGCCACUACCUCACCCCGCCAACCCCCGCCACUUUAGCCACAGGGAACUCUGGGGACAGAGCUUAAUGUGGCCAGGGCAGGGCUGGUUAGAAGAGGUCAGGGCCCACGCUGUGCCAGGAAUCAAGGUUCUGAGGGGACAGGCUGACAUGGAGGACCAGAGGCCCCCGGAGGAGCACUGAAGGAGAAGAUCUGCCUGUGGGUCUCCAUUGCCCAGCUCCUGCCCACACUCCCACCUGCUGCCCUGACCAGAGUCAUCAUGCCUCUUGAGCAGAGGAGUCAGCACUGCAGUCCUGAAGCAGGCCUUGAGGCCCGAGGAGAGGCCCUGGGCCUGGUGGGUGCGCAGCCUCCUGCUACUGAGGAGCAGGAGGCUGCCUCCUCCUCUUCUACUCUAGUUGAAGUCACCCUGGGGGAGGUGCCUGCUGCCGAGUCACCAGAUCCUCCCCAGAGUCCUCAGGGAGCCUCCAGCCUCCCCACUACCAUCAACUACACUCUCGGGAGCCAAUCCGAUGAGGACUCCAGCAACCAAGAAGAGGAGGGGCCGAGCACCUUCCCCGACGUGGAGUCCGGCUUCCAAGCAGCACUCCGUAGGAAGGUGGCUGAGUUGGUUCAUUUUCUGCUCCUCAAGUAUCGAGCCAGGGAGCCGGUCACAAAGGCAGAAAUGCUGGGGAGUGUCGUCGGAAAUUGGCAGCGCUUCUUUCCUGUGAUCUUCAGCAAAGCUUCCAAUUCCUUGCAGCUGGUCUUUGGCAUCGAGCUGUUGGAAGUGGACCCCAUCGGCCACUUGUACAUCUUUGUCACCUGCCUGGGCCUCUCCUAUGAUGGCCUGCUGGGUGACAAUCAGAUCAUGCCCAAGACAGGCCUCCUGAUAAUCAUCCUGGCCAUAAUCGCAAGAGAGGGCGACUGUGCCUCUGAGGAGAAAAUCUGGGAGGAGCUGAGUGUGUUAGAGGUGCUUGAGGGGAGGGAAGACAGUAUCUUCGAGGAUCCCAAGAAGCUGCUCACCCAAGAUUUGGUGCAGGAAAACUACCUGGAGUACCGGCAGGUGCCCGGCAGUGAUCCUGCAUGCUACGAGUUCCUGUGGGGUCCAAGGGCCCUCGUUGAAACCAGCUAUGUGAAAGUCCUGCACCAUAUGCUAAAGAUCAGUGGAGGACCUCACAUUUCCUACCCACCCCUGCAUGAAUGGGCUUUGAGAGAGGGGGAAGAGUGAGUCUGAGCACGAGUUGCAGUGGGGGCCAGUGGGAGGGGGUCUGGGCCCGUGCACCUUCCAGGGCCCCAUCCAUUAGCUUCCACUGCCUCGUGUGACGUGAGGCCCAUUCUUCACUCUUUCAAGCGAGCAGUCAGCGUUCUUAGUAGUGGGUUUCUGUUCUAUUGGAUGACUUUGAGAUUGACCUUUGUUUCCUGUUGGAAUUGUUCAAAUGUUCCUUUUAACGGAUGGUUGAAUGAGCUUCAGCAUCCAGGUUUAUGAAUGACAGUAGUCACACAUAGUGCUGUUUAUACAGUUUAGGAGUGAGAGUCUUGUCUUUUAUUCAGAUUGGGAAAUCCAUUCCAUUUUGUGAAUUGUGACAUAAUAAUAGCAGUGGAAAAAGUAUUUGUUUAAAAUU